GUCGCAGAUCUCUAAGCGGCAGUCUUCUCCUGUCCCUCGACGCGGCUGUAUUAUAUAUAUAUACACAUAAAAAUUUUUGUGAUCGUGCUUUUUCUACUAUUGCCACCUGUGUAUUUAAAAGCCCGUCGGCACUUGGACACAUCUUGAAUCAUCUCUUUUUUGGAUAUACGCGCGAAUAUAAAACAAAUUUUAUAUUCCACAACAAGCAACACUAUUUUAUUCUUUUUCUUUGCAAGAAAAGAAAAAUUUUUCACGUGUCAAGAUCGGCGAAAAAAAUCUUUAAAGUGUCGCGCCGAAAGUUGUCUCUCCACGUGACUAGUUAUUUUUAUAUUUCCUUUUGUUUUAAAACAUAAGCGAUUUGUGAUUUUCAUUAAAAGAGUGUUGGAUCGUUAUCAUGUGGUAAAGGAACUUUAAAGUUUCAAACGAUCUCAUUGACUGUCCCCAAUAUCGUGGAGAUCGUUUGAGUGCAUCGUUUAUUGUUGAAUUAGUUUGUCAGAAAAGAUGAAUCAACAGUGUAAAGUUUGCGGUGAACCGGCGGCAGGUUUUCAUUUUGGAGCAUUUACCUGCGAAGGUUGUAAGUCCUUCUUCGGGCGCACAUACAACAACCUGGGCAGCAUCUCGGAGUGCAAGAAUGGCGGUGUUUGCGUAAUCAACAAGAAAAAUCGCACUGCGUGCAAGGCGUGUCGACUGCGAAAGUGUCUGAUGGUGGGAAUGUCAAAGUCCGGCUCACGCUACGGUAGACGAUCGAACUGGUUCAAAAUUCACUGUCUACUUCAGGAGCAGACGAACGGCAAUCAGAACAUGGGUUCACCCGCCGGCUCACCAUUUGGACCUGGAUUCAUUCCCGGCUUCCUCUCCUCGCCCCCAUCGCAAACGCAGCAAAAUCUCAUCUACAGUAAAGAAGGCAAGGAGCGAACGUCACCAAGUCAAGAGGACCUCGCCCUCCAAUCGCACAUUCUCCACGUGGCAAUGAUGAAGCAGGAACGCGAACGAGGCAACAAAUCACCCCAUCCCGACGAUAUUGCCCUGCAAAAUCAUCUCAGGCUCCUCGCGUGGCAGAAGGAACGCGAGAGAAUCAAUCAGCAUCCGGGCACACCGCCACGAGACACCACGCCACCCUCCUCAUUCGGCUACAAGCACCCCAUGUCAAUGUCGCCAAUAUUCCCCGUCAACUUCACCCAAAAAGAGGCUAUCGUACCCACGAGUCCACCGGAAGUAUUCCGACCAUUCCUCCCCACUUACAAGCGAUCCGCCGACACACCAAGUGACAGCGGCGCCUCGUCAGUCGACGGCGAACACGAAGAGUCCAGGAGCAAUUCGGCGCUGAGCUACUUCAAAGUCAGUGCUUCGCCCACGUUGUCCGAGAGGGAAUUCCCACCGAGAAAAAUUAACGCCACUGUCACACUAACCACUGGAUAUCCUCAUCAUGGUCUGGGACUUGUCUACCCUCCCCCUGGACUAAUCACACCAGCAGCCUCACAACAUUCGCCGAGGGGUGGCGAUCUUCUUCUAGUGAGUCCGAGUCCCGGCGGUUUGGCGGUCGAGCAGGACGAACCCAUCGAUCUCAGUAUCAGAUCGAGUAGAAAUUCACCCAGGCCGAGUCUCAUGUCGAGCGAGAGUCGCAUGAACGACAUGGACACUUGUAAACUCGAAAUCAAGGAGGAGCCAAUUACCAAAAGUAAACCUCUCGAUCUUACACUUGGAGUGAAGAGGCCAGCUGAAUUACCGCUCACUCUUUGAAUUUUUUUUUUUUUUUUUGAAUGCUAAGAGACAAUAACUUUCGAAGAAUAAUUCGGAAAUCAAUUUGGAUCUGAAUCGCGAAAUUAAAUCAUUUAGUUGUAAACUAAAUUGGAUCCUCUUGUUCUGAAUUGAAUUAUUUAGUUGUAAACUAAAUUGAAUCAUUUUAUUCUGAGUUGAAUCAUUUGAUUUCGAAUUAAAAAAUUUUAUUCUGAAUUUAUUCUGAAUCAUUUAGUUCCGAAUUGAAUCGCUAAGUUCUAAAUGAAAUCACUGAGUUAAUAAUCGAUUCACUUCUGAAUUGAAUCAAGUGAACCUAAAUUAAAUUAUUUAAUACAAAAUUGAAUCACUUAGUUGAAUCAUUUAAUUCUGAAUUAAAUCAUGUCCUAAGAAAAUCAUUUAAUUCGGAACUGACUCACAUAAUAAAUCAUUCAAUUCCGAAUUGAAUCAUUCUCAGUUCUAAAAAAUAACUUAGUUUUGAAUUAAAUAACUAAAUUCUAUAUUGAAUCACUAAGCUCUGAAUUGAAAUAUUCAGUUCUGAAUUAAAUUAUUUUUAAUCCUAACAAAUCAUUUAGUUUUGAAUUGAAUUACUUAGUUGAGUCAAACAGUUGAGUCGGAAAUUGAAUUCCAAUCUGAAUAAUUUAGUCCAAAAUUGAAUCAUUUAGUUCUGAAUUAAUUAAUUUCACUUAAAUUGAAUCAUGCAGUUUAAAAAUUAAAAUCUAAACUGAUACAUCAAGUUAAAAUUAAAUUGAUUCAUUUAGUUUUUAAUUGAAUGAAUUAAUCUUAAAUUAAAUCAUUAAAUUCUGAAUUAAAUCACUUGGUUGAAUCAUUUAGUUCUGAA